GAGGAGUUGUCGAGCCGUUCCACCAGGCUCCAUGAAGCGCCCGCGGAUCGACGAGUUUUGCCAGCGGCAAGCUGCGUCCUGCGCACCCAAGAUUUGAUUCGCAUGGUGACAUCGUACCAACAAGGCCUCUGUAUCGACGGCCACGACCUUCUCGUGGCUAUUCAAUGGCCAGCCGUGAAGUCGCUUGGCAUCUCGUAUGUGUUCUCGACGAUGGGGGUGUGGCCGUUUUCCCGUCUGGCCUCCUGGACAGAUAAGCAUGGCUUGAAGCACCUCGAUCGCGUCCUCGACUUUGUUGAAGAACGCUCGGCCUGUUUUCUCCUACACCACAUUGCGUUUUGUGUGGCCGUGAGGUACAAUCACCUCCCAAUACUGCGUCAUGUCGGCGGUUCCCGCUGUCACGAACGCACCGGCUUGGAUUUCACCAUGGCGAUGGACGUUGCUGCAAAACAUGGUCACCUCGACAUCAUUCAAUGGCUACAUGCGAAUCGCAAGGAAGGCUGCACGUCUGCCGCCAUGGAUCAUGCAGCUCGAAAUGGCCACGUCGACGUCUGCGACUGGCUCCAUCACACUGGCCUUGCCACGUUUUCGUCGCAUCAGCUCGACGUCAUGAAAGAAGUUGUGAUGAAGGGGGAUUUACGAAUAGUCGAGUGGCUGCAUCGCCAUCGGACGCGACAAUGGCCACGAGGCCUCAUGGACGACAUCGCGGCGGGCGGAAACGUGCGCAUGAUGGCCUUUUUCCACCAUCACACAACUGAGCAGUGCACCACCGACGCCAUGGACUUCGCAGCGUGUCGAGGGCAUUUGGAAAUGGUCCAGUUCUUGCACCACCACCGCCACGAAGGAUGCACGACGCAAGCCAUCGACUUGGCAGCAGGUCGCGGCCACUUUGACGUUGUCAAGUGGCUCUACAUCCAUCGCCAUGAAGCAUGCACGUGGAACGCUAUCUAUCUCGCCGCAUGUGGUGGCCACAUGCGCAUCCUGUAUUACUUGGCUCGGGUCGCGCACGUGCGCACUACUGCGUGGCGUUGUGCGCAGGUUGUUGCCCAAACGAGCGGCCGCCUCGAUGCCCUAGCAGCGCUGAACAAGGUUGCGAUGGCCGCAAAGCGGAAUCGUUCUCGAUCGACGCCUCACUUUGACCGCUGCGCCUAGACCCUCGUACAUAGAUGGUUGUGAUUCAUCCAAGCAAUGUGUCCAUGUGUACAGCGGUGGAUGGCAUUGCCUACACCGCUCCUUUUCCCAUUGUCGCAAGCACGUGCAAAUGGCCAACCAUG